UUCCAGGCAUUGUGUUGACAACGAUGGCGAACAAGUGGCGACUCUUCGACUUUUUCAAGCUGUUAACGUACAUAUGUUAUCAUCUUGCAGUGUAUCAUCCAUUCUUUUUCCAUUAAAAACGAUAGUCACAUGGCGCGCGGCUUGCCGUAGGUGGCCCGUGACGUCACCAGCCAAGAGGCAGGAAGAUUGCGGGCAGAGGCACCGCCACCACCACCACACGCGUGUCGGCUGAGCACUUGUUUGGCGGUAGAGUGGAGACUGACAAUUCCAUUAAAUAAUACCAGUUAGUGAUGCAGUACUGUAUUUGGUAACAAAGUAUAAUCGGGUAUUAUGCUAUGAAAACAUUACAUUACCCACUAGUAAUAGCACCUCAUUGUACUGUUACGUUAUUAAAUGGCAUGUAAAACUUGUUGCGGCUACAAAUAUAUUAAUGCUCGUUCCUAAUUUAGAAGACUGAAUCGUGAAGUGGUGACGAGUAAAAUUACUAAAACUAUAUAUGUAAAUACCAACUAAAAAUUACAGCCGAUAUCAAUAACGGCAAUCGGUACAAAUCGGGAGUAGACUGCAGCAAUGGCCGGUGACAGAAGCGGCGAGGCGUUUUACUUGCGCAGCGCCAGCGCGCUGCCCAGCGUGACCCACCGGCUGAGCGCCAUGCGGCACACCGGCUCCUUCUGCGACGCCGUUGUGGAGGUGCAGAGCCGCCGCUACCUGGCGCACAAGGCCGUGCUGAGCAGCAACAGCCCUUACUUUGCCAGCCUCUUCUGCCGAGCCCCUUGCAGCAACCUGGGCCCCUUCGCCCUCGACUUCCUGAGCGUUGCAACGUUCGAGCUGGUGCUGGACUUCGUGUACAAGGGGGCGGCGCGGGCGCGGGCGCACGAGCUGCGGCCUCUGCACGACGCUGCCAGGACGCUGGGCAUCGCGCCGCUGGAGGAGCUGUGUCGGCCGCUGCUUACGGACGAGAGAACGACCCCGAUUGGCAACGCGUCGUCGUCUGCCGCCUUCGACUACGACGGGAGGCCUUGCGGCGGCGGCGGAGUCGAGGCCAACCUGCGAUCCUCCCCCGAGCUGGUGUCCGAGGGGCUGGCUCCAGAUUUAUUUGGCCGCGGGUUCCUGGAGGAUGGCACGGGGGCACUGUGGAGGAACCGCUUUGCCGAAAUGGAAGGUGGCAGCGUGGCGGGCGUCCCCGGCGGCGGUCACAAGCCGGACGACGGGCUGGACGCAAGCAGCGUGGACGACGAGUCUGGGAUUCACUCUGCCUCCAGGGGGAUGGAGGACAAGCGCUGCUCUGAGAGCGAUAGUGGCCGAGCAGAAAACACUGGCACGGAGCAACUGUUCCUUUGUCAGGUGAAGACUGAACCGAAUGAGGAGCCGCCCUGCAAGGUGGCCAGGACCGAAAGCACCAGAGCCAAUGCCAGUCAGGUUUCCGGCCUCGCUGUGGCUGAUGGGCGGACUCAGGAGACUGGAGGCUUCAGGGUGACGGACAUUGCCGCGCUCGACGGUUGCUCUCGUGAAGACCUAGAUGGGUGCGCGGAGCCCGGCGCGAGCGAUUUGCUCGCGGGGCAGAGCGCGGCGGGAGCACCGCAGCACGAGAUUGGUGUGGCGCAAAUCGCAGCCGAACACGUGCAGUGCCAGGUGUGCGGCGACACCAUGGAUGAGAACAUCUCAUCGCUAAGGGAGCACGCGGCCAUCCACGUGGACCGCGAGACGCUCAAGUGCCGCGUGUGCGGACGUGGCUUCACCACCUUCAACAACGCGGUGCAGCACGUGUAUAAGCACUGCGGAGUCACCGUGCUCGCCUGCCACGACUGCGGCAAGACCUUCCUCUCGCUCACGCGCCUCACCCUACACUACCUCAACCAUUGCCGCAAGAAGCGACCGCCUCCGCCGCUGCCCAGCGUGCCAUUCGUGCGGCCCCUCGAGUACCGGCCGCCCGACGACUCCGGCGAACACCACGCGUCGAGCUACGCCCCGUGUCAGAUCUGCGGGCUGCCCGUGCACCAGAAGAUGGCGUACCUGCGCAGUCACGCUCGUUCCCACGUGGACCUGGAGCACCUCCUGUGCAUGGUGUGCGGCCUGAAGCUCACCUGCUCGAGCAACCUCAUCAAGCACGCGCUGCUGCACGUGGGCGUCUUCCUGUUCGCGUGCCCCAUUUGCGAGAAGCGCUUCGCCAUGCAGUGCCUGCUGCAGCAGCACCAGAAGAGGGGGACCUGCCUCCCAGCUCUGUGGAAAUCGAGUGCCAGGGGGGACGGUCCCCACGGCAUGGACGAGGCCAAUAGAGUGGCUCGCUCCAGCUCCAUGCCCCCUCUUGAGUAGACUUUUUUUUUAUUUAACCUCAUACAGUAUUACUGUGUGAUAUUUCGCAGUUGCACUGGCAGCUCUCCUGUGACAGUGGGUAACCAAUUCUGGCGUCACAAAUGUAGUUAAGUUUACCAGGAGGAAGUAUGGUGUGUGGAGGGUGCUGAUUGUUGGAAGGUGAGGGCACCAACCUAGGCUCUUAGAUUUAGGGGUUUUAGCUCACCUUUAAUUACUAGCCUUUUGCCUGUCCAAGGAUGGGUGUAUUGCAGUAAAUCUGAAGCUUGCAAGCGAAAAGCAGACCACGACGUGAUAUUGCAUUAAUGCACGUGCAGUGACACAGACCUAUUUCAUUUUAAGGUUAUAAUCCCUUGUUGAUCAUGACGUCCUUUUUAUGUUGAUGUCUCAACAGCGUUACGGAGAUCGCGUGAUGACGUCAGGGUUCUGCCUUUGUAGUGAG